AUGGCACCGCUCUCUCGCCCGAAGACAAGUCUCCCGAGGGAACGAUUCACUACGUACUUGAAAGAUAUCAAGAUACAAACGUAUCAAGACCCUAGCUUCGGCUCCAGUUCACGCAACAGCGGCUCUUUACGCAGCAUAUGGUCCAUAUCUUGGAAUCCAACUGGUUCACUCAUUGCCACGGGAGCGGAUAGGAUACUUCGUGUCUGGAAUCCCGAAAAGCCCGUUGCACGCUUCUCGACCGAGCUCAAGGGGCACACAGCUGCGAUUGCCAAGGUUGCCUUCAAUCCUGCCAAGGAUGCAGAGCUCUGUAGCAUUAGUUUUGAUGGCGUGGUCAAAUUCUGGGACGUUCGAAGCAAAACCUGCACCAACGAAGUCAAGGGUCUUGGUGAAGCCUUCACGCUGGCAUGGGCCCCAGAUGGCGAGACCCUCGUCGUAGGCAACAAAGCGGACACGCUCUUUAUACUGUCUCCUACCCAAACGACACCCUUGUCUACUCACACGCAAGAUGUGCAGACAAAUCAGGUAUCGUUCUGCUGGAGUGGAGAGAAGGUCUUCCUGACCACUGGCGAGGGUCGUGUCCGUAUCCUUUCGUAUCCCGACUUUCAGCCGCUGCUUCACCGCGAGGGCCCAGACGGGGCCAUCGAGUUCACGCUGGAUGGCCACGCUUCACAAUGCCUCUCGGCCGAGAUGCAGCCGACUGCUCGUUAUCUAGCCACGGGUGGGUAUGAUUCCAUCAUUGCGCUCUGGGACACGACAAACUGGAUCUGCCAGAACACGGUCACCACGUCUGUAGGCCCUGUCCGAAGCAUCAGCUUCACAUUUGACGGCAGCUACUGCGUGGGAGGCAGCGAACAGGGUGCUGGCCUUGAUGUUUUCCACACGGAGACGGGGGAUAUUAUCCACACCAUCAAGACAAGUGAUCCCAGCCCAGUGGUGGCAUGGGCACCUACACGAUAUUACCUCGCUUUUAUAGACCAGAAUGCCCUCCGCAUUGCUGGUAUCGAUACAGAACGAAAAUAG